AUGUCAAAGGGAAACAUAAGAAUAGCUAUCGAUAAAGGUGGAACUUUCACAGACUGUGUGGGCAAUAUUGGUACAGGUAAACAAGAACACGACAUUGUCAUUAAGCUAUUGUCAGUGGAUCCAAAGAACUACGCAGAUGCUCCUCUUGAAGGUAUAAGACGCCUCUUGCAAUUGCUUGAAAACAAGACAAUUCCUCGUGGUAUUCCCUUAAAUAUCUCUAAUGUGAAAAGUUUAAGAAUGGGAACAACCUUGGCUACAAACUGUGCUCUAGAAAGAAAUGGUGAACGUUGUGCUUUCAUUACUACAAAGGGAUUUAAGGAUUCUUUGUUGAUUGGAGAUCAAACCAGACCGGACAUUUUCAACUUACACAUAAAGAAGGUAGCACCUUUAUACGAUACUGUAGUCGAAAUAGAUGAGAGAGUGACUUUGGAAGAUUUUUCAGAAGACCCUUAUUUUAUCAAGUCGGCUCCCAAUGAACAGGAGGGCAUAUUGGAAGGCAAUAGCGGCGAAAUGAUAAGGGUCAUCAAGAAGCCUGAUGAGUCAAGCGUAAGAUCUAUUUUGCAAGUGCUUUAUGCUAGCGGGAUUAGGUCUGUUGCCGUGGCAUUUUUGCAUUCAUACACUUUUCCAGACCAUGAACGAGUUGUUGGGAACAUUGCUAAAGAGAUAGGAUUUUCUCAUGUUUCAUUAUCAUCCGAAGUUUCCCCGAUGAUAAAAUACUUGCCCAGAGCUCACAGUUCUGUCGCUGAUGCUUAUCUUACUCCAGUCAUCAAGAAAUAUCUCGAUAGCAUUUCCGCAGGUUUGAGUCACGCGAAAGGUACUCAUAUCCAAUUUAUGCAAUCUGAUGGUGGUUUAGUGGAUGGAGGGAAAUUUUCAGGCCUGAAGUCAAUAUUAUCCGGUCCUGCAGGUGGUGUAAUAGGCUAUUCUAGUACAUGCUAUGAUAAAAAAAAUAACAUACCCUUAAUCGGUUUCGAUAUGGGCGGGACAUCUACCGAUGUAAGUAGGUAUGGUGAUGGGAGGCUAGAACACGUCUUCGAGACAAUUACGGCAGGAAUCAUCAUACAGUCCCCUCAACUUGACAUUCAUACAGUAGCUGCUGGAGGUAGUUCUAUUUUAUCAUGGAAGAAUGGGCUGUUUAAAGUAGGCCCUGAUUCAGCAGCAGCAGAUCCGGGGCCUGCGGCUUAUAGAAAAGGCGGACCCUUGACUAUUACAGAUGCUAACCUUUUUUUAGGACGGUUAGUUCCUGAGUUCUUCCCCAAAAUUUUUGGCCCCAGUGAGGAUGAAUCACUUGAUUUAGAAACUACUACUCUGAAAUUCAAAGAAUUGACUGAUGUAAUAAAUAGAGAUCUCAAUUCAAAUUUCACUAUGGAAGAGGUUGCUUAUGGUUUUAUCGAAGUGGCGAACGAAUGCAUGGCAAGGCCAGUAAGGGCCAUUACAGAAGCGAAGGGGUACGUAGUUUCUCAGCAUCGACUUGUUUCUUUUGGUGGAGCUGGUGGCCAACACGCUAUAGCUGUUGCAGAUUCAUUGGGCAUUGACACUGUUUUGAUUCAUAGAUAUUCUUCCAUCUUGUCAGCUUACGGUAUUUUUUUAGCAGAUGUUAUUGAGGAAAAUCAAGAACCUUGUUCUUUUAUCUUGAGUGAGCCAGAAACUAUCAGCAAAGUUAAAGAAAGGUUUUUGGCACUUUCUGAUAAUUCGAUUAAAAAUCUUUUAUCUCAAUCAUUUUCUCGAGAGGAUAUCGUCCUGAGAAAAUAUCUAAAUCUCAGAUACGAGGGCACUGAAACCAGUUUGAUGAUAUUACAGAGGGUUGACGAUGAUUGGAAUUUUGUCAAAUGGUUUUCUGAAGCCCAUAAAAGGGAGUUUGGAUUUUCAUUUGAUGACAAACGAAUCAUAAUUGAUGAUAUAAGAAUAAGAGCAAUUGGAAAAUCAGGUGUUAGAAAAGAAAAAACAGUUGAUGAGCAACUUAGGGAAAUCUCUCACUUCAAAAACGCUGACCUGUUGAAGGAUGCUAGUUUAAUUCAGAAGACAUAUUUUUACGAUAAGUGGGUUGAUACUGCAGUCUUCAAAAUUGAUAAUGUUUCUGCCGGAACAAUUAUCGAAGGUCCGGCUAUAUUAGCUGACGGUACGCAAACGAACGUUAUUCUGCCAAACUGUCAAGCGAUAGUAUUAAAGUCCCAUAUAUUUAUCAAAAUUGAUAAAAAACCUGUAAAAACCCUUUCUAAAAGAGAAUAUGAUCUUCAUAUCGAUCCCAUCUUAUUGUCCAUUUUUAGUCACAGGUUUAUGGAUAUCGCCCUUCAAAUGGGAACUCAAUUAAGGAAAACUUCUGUUUCCACUAACGUCAAAGAAAGAUUGGAUUUUUCGUGUGCUUUAUUUGAUCCUGAAGGAAACUUAGUCGCCAACGCACCGCAUGUUCCUGUUCAUUUGGGCUCAAUGUCAACCUGUAUUGCUGCACAGGCAAAGUUAUGGAAAGGCAAACUAAAGCCUGGUGAUGUAUUGAUCACAAAUCAUCCGGAUGUUGGUGGUACGCAUUUACCUGAUAUAACAAUUAUAACACCUUCUUUUUCUCCAACUGGUCAGUUAAUAUUCUACGUUGCUUCAAGAGCUCAUCACGCAGACAUUGGAGGUAUUCUUCCUGGUUCAGUUCCCCCCAAUUCAAAGGAAUUAUACGAAGAAGGAACUGCAAUUUAUUCUGAAUUUGUGGUGAAAGAGGGCGUUUUUCAAGAAGAGUUAAUAUAUAAACGUUUCGUAGAGGAUCCUGCAAAAUACCCAGGCUGCACAGGCUCAAGAAGAUUUAGUGAUAAUAUAAGUGAUUUGAAAGCUCAAGUGGCCGCAAACACUAAGGGAAUACAAUUGAUUGGAUCAUUAACUGAAGAAUAUAAUCUGUCUACAAUUCUGAAAUACAUGACUGCAAUCCAAGCAAAUGCUUCUGAAUCCAUCAAAAAAAUGCUUGCGAAAAUGGUCGAUCAUCUUGGCACUACUAAAUUCUCUGGUGAAGAUCGUUUAGAUGACGGCAGCUUAAUUAAACUUCAAGUAGACAUAAAUCCUGAAAAGGAGGAAUAUGUAUUUGAUUUUGACGGAACUUCUUCCCAAGUUUAUGGCAACUUAAAUGCACCAGAAGCCAUAACCAAUUCUGCGAUUCUCUACUGUUUGCGGUGUCUAGUAGGUGAAGAUAUCCCCUUAAACCAAGGCUGCCUGAAACCGUUAACGAUAAAAAUCCCUGCUGGAUCUCUUUUAAGUCCUCGGUCUGGUGCAGCUGUUGUUGGAGGCAAUGUGCUGACUUCACAAAGGGUGACUGAUGUGAUUUUAAAGACAUUCAAAGUUAUGGCCGAUUCUCAAGGCGACUGUAACAAUUUUACUUUUGGAACUGGAGGUAAAAUUGAUGACAAGACAGGAGAGAAGAUUAAAGGCUUUGGGUACUAUGAAACUAUAUGUGGUGGCUCUGGAGCUGGUGCGGAUUCAUGGAGAGGAUGUGGAUGGAAUGGUUCAGACGCUGUACAUACGAACAUGACGAAUACAAGAAUGACAGACAGUGAAGUCUUUGAAAGGAGAUACCCUGUUUUAUUGAAAGAAUUUUCAAUUAGGAACGACUCAGGAGGAAAAGGUAAAUAUACAGGUGGAAAUGGAGUUACAAGAGAUGUUCAAUUCCGGAAGGCUGUAACGGCAUCCAUAUUGUCUGAACGUCGUGUUAUUGCCCCUCACGGUAUAAAGGGAGGGGAAGAUGGUAGUCGGGGUGAAAACUUAUGGGUAAGACAUAGCACAGGUGCACUGAUUAAUGUCGGUGGUAAAAAUACAAUUUUUGCUCAACCUGGAGAUCGAUUUAUUAUCAAAACGCCUGGCGGUGGGGGGUAUGGCGAAUACAAGGAUUAG